AUGCUCACGACAUCUCAAAUCAAUGAUGUUUUAUUGAAUGGGGACGCGGUGCCGAAAAGCGAUACCGACAGCCCCAAGCUUCCACCAACACCUCCGGAUGAGAGGGAAGUAUGUUUAAACACCAUAAACGAUGUCCUGUUAGAGCGUGUGCAGACAGUACCAGACAAGCCGCUUGUUGGCUAUCCGAAAAGCUCCCAUGGAUUGAGUGAUUACGUCUUCUACUCUGCCGCAGAUUUGGAUAGGUUCACAGCUGGGGCAGUUCAAGCUCUGAAGGCUUCCGGAUUACCCGAAUUUUCUAAUGCCGGGGAGAAUAAAGUGGUGGCAAUACUAGGUGUUUCCAAUCUCGACUAUGUCAUAUCGCUCCUGGCACUCUCUCGCCUGGGUUAUGCAGUUUUGCUACUCUCAACACGACUCAGCACAGAGGCAUAUACCAACUUACUGGCGAAGACGAAAUGCACGGAUGUCAUUUAUUCCGCUGCGACCGAGAAGGCGGCUAAGCGCAUUCAGGAAGCCGAGGCCAUCAACACGUUCUCAAUACCGGAAUUUUCGGUCUACUCGCAAUGCACGAUAAAGCCAAAUCUACAACUUAACGGCACACCUGAGAUGGGCCAGAAAUGGGCAUUCAUCAUUCACUCAUCAGGAUCAACCGGUCUUCCCAAACCGAUCUUCCAAACACACAAGGCUUGCAUUGCCAAUUACGCUUCAAGUAGAGGGUUUCGGGCGUUGCUGACCCUACCUCUUUACCAUAACCAUGGGCUAUCAACCUUCUUUCGAGCUAUGUUCAAGGCAAAGCCGAUUGCAAUUUACAACGCAAAUCUACCCUUAACAGGGAAGAAUAUUCUCGAGGCUUUGAGAGUGACCCAACCCGAGAGCUUCCACGGUGUUCCGUACGUUUUGAAACUCUUAAGUGAGGUUGAUGGUGGUGUGGAAGAAUUGGCGAAAUGUGAACAGGUCCUGUUCGGAGGGAGUAGCUGUCCAGAUGAUCUUGGAGAUCUCUUGGUCGAACAGGGUGUCAAGCUGAUCAGCCAUUAUGGCGCAACCGAACUAGGACAGCUUAUGACAUCACAGAGACCUGUCGGCGACAAAGCCUGGAACUACGUUCGACCUUUGAAGACGGCUGAGCCCUACCUAAGAAUGGUUCAGCUCGAAGACGGCUCCUACGAAUGUGUCGCCCUAGACGGACUGCCCGCCAAAGUCAGUUCAAAUUCCGACGAUCCACUCAAUUCCUUCUACACUCGCGAUACUUUUCUUAAGCAUCCCACAAUUCCGAACGCUUGGAAGUAUCUGGGCCGUAUCGAUGAUCGGGUCACCCUUGUCAACGGAGAGAAGGUCCUGCCUGUUCCAAUUGAGCAUCGUGUGCGACAGAGCAAGUUUGUGAAAGACAAUCUUGUUUUCGGCGUGGGCAAACCCUUGCCUGGUUUGUUGGUUGUGCCGAGCGACGAGUGUCAGGGAUUGAGCAAAGAUGAGAUUCUCGAAAAGAUUUGGCCGGAUAUCGGAGCCGCUAAUCAGUCUGCCGAGGCGUUCAGUCAGAUCUCCAAAGAUAUGGUGAUUAUUCUAGAUAUCGACUGCACCUAUCCAGCUACCGACAAGGGUACCAUGAUCCGAAAUCGUUGCUAUCUGGAAUUUAAUGAUGCCAUCGAAGCUGUAUACGCGAUACUGGAAGGGGGCGAUGCGAACUCAGGAGAGAAGAUUGCCUUGGACACUGCUGAGCUAGAACGAUAUCUUUUGGAGCUCUUUCGAAACGAGCUCUGCUUCAACGAGAUUACCACAGAUUCCGAUUUCUAUGAAGCUGGGGUAGAUAGUCUCCAGGCGAUCAAGGCCAGGGCUACGAUCAAGAGGCGGAUUGAUAUUGGAACAGCAGAACUUGGUCAUAACGUGAUAUUCGAUCUUGCCAACAUUAAAAAGCUCGCCGCACAUCUAUAUGCUCUUCGGACAGGCGAGGAGCAAGAGGAGGAGGACGAGCUCGAGGUGAUGUCUCAGCUCAUUGAAAAAUAUUCCGCUUUUACGCCUCGCGAAACAGAGCAAGAAGUCAUUUUGCUGACCGGUACUACGGGGUCACUUGGCACCUAUGUUCUAUCUAGGUUAAUGCAAAAAGACUCGGUCAGGCAGAUAUACUGCCUCGUGCGAGCUUCCUCUCCCAGUGCUGCUCUAGAUCGAGUGCUAUCCACUCUAUCCGCACGAUCUCUCCCAAUGGUCAAUGUUUCCAAGAUUGUCGCUUUACCUGCUCAGCUCGGUCGCGAGGAUUUGGGCCUCUCUCAAUCUAUCAUUGAUGAGCUCCGCACCUCUCUCACUAAGGUCAUUCACGCUGCCUGGGCCGUGAACUUUACGCUCGGCGUGCGAAGCUUCGAGCAACAACACAUUAAGGGCGUUCACAACCUGAUCAACCUCUGCCUUUCCAGCCAACGAUCGUCCCCUGCUGAAUUCUACUUCUGCUCCUCCAUUUCCGCCGCCGCCGGAACGCCCCUACCCGCCACCAUCGCCGAAGGUCCCAUUCCCGAGCUCUCUCACGCUCAAAACAUGGGGUACGCACGAUCGAAGCUCGUAGCGGAGCGGGUCGUGCAAGCGGCGGCCGAGAAAACGGGUCUCGUGGCCAAGGUCCUCCGGGUAGGCCAGAUCGUCGGAGACACAGUUACUGGGAAAUGGAACACCACCGAAGCAAUCCCCCUGAUGCUGCAGAGUGCUGUUACACUCAAAGCGCUGCCAGAGCUAGAGGAAACACCGUCCUGGUUACCCGUCGACUGCGUCGCCGACGCCAUCCUCGACCUCACAGGAAUCAACCCCAACGCUGAAGCCAGAGCCAUGGCCCAUGAUCCCAAGGUCAUCUACCACGUCCAAAACGCGCGAACCUUCCAGUGGACCCGCGAUCUUCUUCCGGCCUUGAAAGCCGCCGGGUUGGAAUUCAAGAUCCUGCCGAAACGGCAGUGGGUGCAACGACUCCGCGAAGGGGAGCAGGAUCCAAAGAAAAACCCCACCGUGAAACUUCUCGACUUCUUCACGGAAAAGUACGAUAAUGAUAAUCCCGGUCGGGCGGGACUCGUUUUUGACAUGGAGAAGUCGGAGGCCGCGAGCCCGGCAUUGAAGGGCGGCGUGGAGUUGAUCGAGAGCGGGUUGAUUAAGAGAUUUGUGGAUGCUUGGAGGGGCGAGUGGUGA